GGAGGUGACGGGGAGGAGGCGGCGGGCAGCAAGGGCAAGAAAACCAGCGGCCCGGGGUUCCUGAGGAGUGUCAGAGACAAGUUCAACAAAGAAUCCACGGACGACAUCCUGGCCAAGUACCGGUCCCCCAAGAAGGCGCCGUCGGGCAAAGUUGCCAACAACAACAGCAGCAGCGCUGUCAACAACAACAACACCAACGGCUCCUCUGGCGGGAGCGGUGCGGAAAAACCUGGCGACAUGGGCCCUGCCGACAGCGCCAGUGGUA